GUGAAAAAUAUGUGGAAUAAAAUAUUGUUUAUUAUUUUGCUAACUUCUAUUAAAAGUUUGAAUAGUUUUUUUUUCGCAUGCAAAAUCUUAUCUUUGGCCAAGCGGAAUGGUUAAUGGUGUCGAAUCAUUUUUUGGUAUAGUUCUCUAUCAUCUUUGCCGCCGUGCAACUUUUGGUUGAAUUAUUUAACAAAGAGACGGAUAACAAUGCGAGGCAGCUUUUUCUUUUGAUUCAUUUCUGAAAAAAAUCUGAUUGGAUCGUUUUUUGUUGCGGUAGUACUGUGCUGGUACAUUGGAGAACAUAAACGCUUUUGUCCCUUGGCAAUUUCAAUUUAGUCCCUUCAAAGUAUGAAGCGGGUUAUGAAUGCUCUGCCUUAUUCGCCUGUGCAGACCCUACAACUUCUGAAGUGAGACUACCUUAACCAACUAUCCGCCCGCGGAGAGCACUGGUUAUUAUUACUAACUUUGUUUUGAAACAUUUAUCUCAUUCCGUUUAUUAUCUUCUUUACUUUUACUCCCUCUAUGUUAUAACACCACUGAUAAAGUUAUCGCAAUUGUCGCUUUUUUAUAGGUCCUUCAAAUGAAUUCGAAAAUCUUAACGGACCCUAAAUGAAAUUUUAGAUGCUGCCAUAUUUUUUCUAGGCGAGCCAAGCUAAUUUAAGCGUGUUGAAUUUUCCUUGCUUUGGCGUUCAUUACUUUUGCUUUCCCUGCAAAUUAGUGUCAAUCGAUAGACGUAGUCUUGAUACUUUUUCAUUCAUACUCAACCAUACAUACUAUUCAUCAAAAUUGAAUAUUGUAUAUGUGGCAUAUUCGGUUACAACUUCCUCAUAAAUAACUUAUCAAUAUUUUCAUUCCGUGGGUAAAAACUAUGUGGUGCCUCGGAUAAUACUAGAUUACUACAAAAUUAGUAAUUUGCUACCAACUUCCUUGUGUUUAGACAUUUAUACAUGUGAAUGUACUUAUUUUCGAACCUGAUUUAGUUGAAAAUUAGACUUGUUAGAGACCAUCUUUGCAGUUUACCUCGAAACACGGUUGUGUCGUGUAUUCGGUGUUUUAACAUUGUUGAGGAUAGAAAUCCAACAGUUAUUCGGGACGAAAUUGGGAUCCUUGUUUGUAGACAUGUUUUGACUUACCAGAAAACAAUGUUGGUAACAAAUCUAGUGGUCCAUAAAAAAGAAUCCUCGCGGUCUAGGACGUGGUCAAUAGACCUUUAAAUAUACAUUGUCAACGAUCUAAAGCGACGGUCUGACAUGAAAAGGUAUAUCGGAAGCGAAUUCUAGUUAAAGCUCUCUAGGAUCAGUCAAGUCCUCAGCAGUUGUAUUAAAUUUGCCAGGCCGUUAACACCAACUGAACUUAUGUACCUGUGCGCCUUUGAAUUUGACUCAAUUUGUUCAGAUUUGAGAGCGGAUUGGACAUUAUUUAUGAUUGGGUUUUUGCGUUUAUGACAGCGCUUAUUAUUCCAAUCUGCGGAAAUUAGCUGUAGAUUUAAUACCCGAAGUUUUGGUGUUCUUAUUUGCUACUCACUACGAUGAAAAUUGCCAAGCGAUUAGUUACCAACGCAGUCUUCAGGAUAUCGUUUGGAGUGGCUUUGAUAGCUAGUGUGAUGUUCCGGUUCAACCUGUUCUCCUUUAUCUACCUCCUCUUCCUCCUCUGGCUGCCCCUCCUCUCCUCCCCCUCCGACAGGACCAUGCGAGGACUGACUGGCACCUAUAUGAAGAUAGUAGUGUGUACUUCCUCGACUAUCUGUGUUGCCCAGCUGGUGUUUCUCCUAAUGAUGAUGGCAGAUGCAGAUUCAGUGGCUGACCUCACCUUCUGUUCUGGAAAGGAGACAUUGCUUCGACACUUUGGUCUAACACUAUUGCACGAGAGCAGAUCCACUUUAGCCGAUGCCAUCAGACUGAUUGUGCCAGAUGUGCUGACCUUAGUGGCGUCCAUAUCCAGUCUGAGUUUCUGCAAGAGGUACCAGAUGCCGAAGAGGAGAAACAACAGCCACCUCCCAAACCCACACCCCAUUCCACACACAGUCAGUCAGUCUUUCCAGGACACGUUCCACUACUUUUCCAUCAACCUGUCUCUAUGUGUGGCUGGAAUUUGCUACCCCUCCCUCCCCUCGGGACUCUACUUCCUCCUUUUCGUCUUCUUCACCACUUGGUGGUCUGCAAAACAGGAAGUGGGGUCCUGGUUCGCCUACGUCACUCUUCUCUUGCUGGCUGUGUGUGGCUGUCACAUAGUCUUGCUCUACACGUUUCAGAUGCAAUUCCUAGAACACUUCGCUAAUCCAGCUGAACUCUUUUCAAGACUGUUCGGCUUGGCGGCCGUGGUGCGGACUGACUGCAGAAGACCCUACUCUCUGGCUCUGUACGACAGAGUAGACUGGACCCAUAUAGCAAACCCACUGUGUCUCUACUUCUGCUAUUCUGUCCUCGCAGUCAGGUCUCGAUACUGGUUCUUCAGGUCUAAACUACAGGAGAGAAUGAUGGCUCAAAUUGAAAAAUUGGCUGCUGAAGAAUUAGAGAAAACUGCCAGACUUCGGUCGAACGUUGUGAGAGCGCGACCCGGUAGAUCCGGAGCAAAUAAUUUCACAGCCGUUUCUGCCGUCGAUUCCGAUGAUGACGCUUUAAAGAUGUCUUUGACCUUGAAUCAUUCUGUCGGCGUGAGCGCCAACAACGUGGCGACUAUAUCUGACUCGGUUCCCCAUAUCCACGAUUCGAGUACAUUUCCAAACAAUAUCUUACCGCACUCAAUUGACAUUCCGCUGACGUCGGUGAAAACGGACCCCACGGAGGUACCGGGGUCUCCAGUUAGAGGAGAUAGGGCAACAGAAAUGGGAUCAUCAACUGCCAAUCUUUCCAAAUCAGGAACGAUUCUGUACCCCAACUUAAGUCGCAAGCCUUCAUCUCACGCGUUGGGUGCUCUAUCGUUACACUUAAUCAAAAAGUCUUCGGGUCUGUCUCCCUUCAAUGCACCAGGCACCCCCUCGGCCGAACAAGGGGGGCGUGUGCGGAGACAAAAUGAACACGACGGAGAAGUGAUGGGGAGGGGGAGGGGAAGGGGCAAGAAUGUGUGGCUGCAGAGGGCGGGCCUGUACAAUCUGGUGUUGAAAAUGUUUCAGUUUCUGGUAAAAAGGAGCUGCACGUGCGCACCCAUGAUUAUGAUGGUAUGGGGCAUCACCUAUCACAAUUGGAUGACCUUUGUGCUUCUAAUCUGGGCAUCUUGUAUCUGGAUGUGGCCCAAUUCCAGAGAAGCCACUCUUACAACCUCUUCAGUCCUGGUAGUCUACGGCAACUGCCUCUUGAUCCUCCAGUACAUCUACUCUCUCGAUCUCACUGCAGACGAAAUGCCUCGUGCUUCUUCUCAGAGGAGUGGGGGGAGUGGUUCAGAUGACGAGGGGUUUGAUCUUGGACAGGUGGGCCUGGUGGAGUAUCAGUAUCCGGUCAGACACCUUGCAUUGCAGGUGAUCUACUGCUUCUUCUUUUGGGGAACAUUCCGACACUUCAAGCGCAAAAGAGAGAAAAAAGUGACCAUCUCAAGACUGACUUCGGUGCCGGCUGCCAACCUCUUCUUCAGCGGUCCCCCCACUCUGCCUGGAGGGAUAGAGACAGGGGGAGUGACUAAUGCAAUCCCGUACCACCACCACCAUCAGCCAUUGUCCUCCAUCUUCACAAAGAACCCAUUUCCAUCUUCGUCCUCUCCUGCUCCUCACAGCCCGACAUCAGGUGGUGCAUUAGCCAUACAAAGUGCCAUAGUUCUGAACGCGUACCAUCCGCAGAUGGCGGACAACCACAACGAAGUGAUAGCGAGACUGUACACCAAAGUUCACAGAGUGUUCACGAAGUACUGGGUGGUGAUGUGUGUGGCCAUGUUCCUCAUCGUUUCUCUGGAGGACGACAACGUAGUCGCCUACAAGAUUAUAUACAUGAUACUCUUCCUCGCAUUCGUCGCACUAUACGGGAUUUCGUUCUCCGUGUGGCGUCGUGCAAUGGCCGGAUUCUGGUGGGUGACUGUGAUCUACUCCAUCCUGGUGCUCUUAACAGUCUACACAUACCAGUUCAAAUCCUUCCCUCGCUACUGGAAGAAAAUCACCCACCUGGACGACGCCGAAUUAAAGGCACUCGGUUUGGAACAGCACAACACUUCGGGUCUGUUCACGAAGCUACUGACCCCGACUCUGUUCGUGUUAGUGUGCAAUAUACAACUGCACUACUUUCAUGAACCUCUACUGAGGAUGACGAGAAUUUCAUACGACGACGAUCAUGGAUUCAAAAAUCGGAUUCGAAAAGGUCAAUCCAUAUCGGCCAAUCAUCAAAAUCAUAUUACACAAUCAAACCACAUUAAUGACCAAGUUCGUCCUAAACACAAAGAUAGUUCUACCACCACCAGUCAAGUAGGUGGGGGAACAGGGGAAAGUAGAGGGGGAGGAGGGGGGAGGAAGCAGAGUCGAAGUGCCGAGUGGCUGCUUGAGAGUGUGUGGCUGGGCAGGGUGCAGACUACCUGGACCCAGAUUGGAAACUUCUGGUGGAGACUGCUGGAGCUGCACAUGAUUAAACUGUUGUGUUGUAUGGGCAUGCUCGUGUCUGUCAGAGAUCUAUGUGCAGCUAACUUUCUCCUGGUUCUCUACAUCUCGCUGUGUCUGCCCUAUCCCAGACUGAAGAGGGUGCUGACCUCUCUGAUGGCAGUGUCAUGUUCACUCAUGGUUCUAGCCAGAAUGAUAUUCCAGCUCAGCUACAUCGACGAGAAGAUGUUCCAGACCAAGUGCAACAAUACAGCAGUUCUAGUGACGUUGGCCGGUGAUUUGGGCGUGGAUGAAGAUCUAGAAUCAGACAGUUCUAACCAGACGUUGAACCAGGCUCUGUGGGGCAGCUGGGGUCAGCCAUUCCAGAACAUCUCAGACAGUGCCCAGUGGGCGGGUCUGAACAAAAUAACCCACGUUGAGACAUCACUCUCCAAUUAUGUCAGGGACCACGUGCUUCUGCUGCUGAUGAUUCUGGUGGAUGCGACUGUGAAUUACCACCAGAAGUUUGUGGAGAAGAUCAAGGGUGGGAAGACACUGCCUGUGGGGGUGCUGAUCGGAGGGGUGAGCAGGAGGGAGGCGGACAGGGAUCUCAGACACAUGGCCUUGUACUUCAUCAAUUAUGGAUUCUACAAGUUCGGACUAGAGGUGUGCUUCUUGGUCACAGUGGUGAACAUCUGCAUGCGUCUGGAUAUUGUGUCCAUAGUGCACUGGCUGUGGCUGCUGUUCCUCAUCUUCCUGCCCAGAAGGAUCAUCCACCAUAUAUGGCCCUGUUACGUCAUCACCCUCACCAUACUCUUACCCACACAGUACCUCAUGUGUCUAGGUCUUCCGCCCUCGUUGUGCCACAAGUACCCCUGGUUCGACACCAACAUGAAGUACAACAUGUCUGUUUGGCUCUUUCUACCCAACUAUGUCGACCCUCCCAACAAGUGGUUCCUCAUGGGUGACUUCAUCCAAUUCCUGGUAGUGUCGAUGCAGUGGCUGGUGUUUGAGCAGGAGAGGGGAGUAGAAGAUCCGAUGGAAAAGGGAGGGGAGAACAGAGACACCUACUCGGACGAGAACGCCUCUCAGGUGCCGGACUUCAUGAUGAACAGAAGUAGUCUUCUGGACAACAUCAAAGUGGUGGUGUUCAACUACCUCUACUGGUUCACCUAUGCCAUCGUGUUCUUGGCGGGCACAAGCAGAGUGUCCAUUCUCUGUCUGGGCUAUGUCUGCUUCUCCUUCAUGUUCUUCUGGCAGGGACAGGAUCUCCUCAUCAAGCCCAGAGCCACUCUUCUGAGAUCUUGGAACAAGUUAGUGAUGUACAAUCUGGUAGUGAUUCUGCUGAAGAACUGCUUCCACAUUGUGGGUUGUGUCUACUUCCAUGAACUCCUUGGACACUGCUGGAUCCUGCAGGCAUUCUCCAUCGUCUGUAUCAGAGACUUCUCCAUAUCCGCCGACGCACAGACGGGAACGUGUGAAUUGCCGACAGAUGCGGCUGGCCUAUUUAUGGACUGUUUCUGUUUUGCCACUAUUCUGACCCAGAGGAAAAUAUUCCAGAGCAGCUACUUCCACUACGUAUAUCUGGAGCUCAGAGAACAGACUCUACAAGCAUCCAGGGGCGCAUAUCUAAUCAACUCUAACCUGAGGAAAGAGAUCAAGAGACGCCAUGAGGAGGAGCAGCAGACUGUGGACAAGAUCCGAAGGUCCAUGACCAAAAUUAGACACAGACAAAGGACCACAGCCGGCCACAGUGGGGUACAGUCACAGCUAGCCAGUCAGCAAUGGGUCCCAGAGACACACAACCAAGCCAUCUUCACUGGCUACUUGCAGUUUGACGGACGCACUGGCAACGAGAGCGACUCAGACAGCGACUUGGACGAGUACUUCGAUGCCGCACAGGCAGACGCCAAGCAAGCACCAAGUGCACUAGACUAUGCCUAUGGAGCCUUGGUUGCUGGAGCAGAAACAGCAUUAAAGCGACAUUCUCGCCAGUCAUCCACCGAUAGCCAGUUCUUCGGUUCUGUGAUCAACUCUAUGAACGGGCUCUCGAAUAGCGGAGGCGUGGGGAGUUCCAGGAAGCACCGGAAGAGUAGAAGCAGCAUGGUCGGCAGCAGACCUAGUUCAUUCCACAGCAUGUCUAGGGAUCCAACAGUCGAAGACUUUUCUCAGCUCCAAGAUGAACUGAAAAACAAAGCAGAAGGUUUAAUGAGCCGACAAGCUGCACACUCUCAUUCAUUCGCACGAAGGUCAACCAGGCCGAUGAGUCUCAACAUUAGAAAUUCCGCCACGGCAGAAGACAUGAUUUUGGAGGACCGAGAGAGUCCCACCUCGGAUUACAACACGUGUUUCGACGAGGGGGAGGCAUUGCAUCGGGGAAUUUCAGCGUCGACUACUUUUCCCACUACUAUCUUGGAGAGUGACGAAUUGGCAGCGGCAGAUGAAGAGUCCGUCUCCAAGGCCAUGUUCAACUGGGGGCGGCUGAUGUCGAUAAUUUUCCUGAAGAGUGUCGAUAACUUUCUCGAGUGGCUCUUCUCUCUGUCCAAAGACUACCGCUACGUGGCUUACAUACUGAAAAGUGAACGAAAGAGAACAAGAGAGAAAUCUGUGCUGACGGGAACGUGUGAAUUGCCGACAGAUGCGGCUGGCCUAUUUAUGGACUGUUUCUGUUUUGCCACUAUUCUGACCCAGAGGAAAAUAUUCCAGAGCAGCUACUUCCACUACGUAUAUCUGGAGCUCAGAGAACAGACUCUACAAGCAUCCAGGGGCGCAUAUCUAAUCAACUCUAACCUGAGGAAAGAGAUCAAGAGACGCCAUGAGGAGGAGCAGCAGACUGUGGACAAGAUCCGAAGGUCCAUGACCAAAAUUAGACACAGACAAAGGACCACAGCCGGCCACAGUGGGGUACAGUCACAGCUAGCCAGUCAGCAAUGGGUCCCAGAGACACACAACCAAGCCAUCUUCACUGGCUACUUGCAGUUUGACGGACGCACUGGCAACGAGAGCGACUCAGACAGCGACUUGGACGAGUACUUCGAUGCCGCACAGGCAGACGCCAAGCAAGCACCAAGUGCACUAGACUAUGCCUAUGGAGCCUUGGUUGCUGGAGCAGAAACAGCAUUAAAGCGACAUUCUCGCCAGUCAUCCACCGAUAGCCAGUUCUUCGGUUCUGUGAUCAACUCUAUGAACGGGCUCUCGAAUAGCGGAGGCGUGGGGAGUUCCAGGAAGCACCGGAAGAGUAGAAGCAGCAUGGUCGGCAGCAGACCUAGUUCAUUCCACAGCAUGUCUAGGGAUCCAACAGUCGAAGACUUUUCUCAGCUCCAAGAUGAACUGAAAAACAAAGCAGAAGGUUUAAUGAGCCGACAAGCUGCACACUCUCAUUCAUUCGCACGAAGGUCAACCAGGCCGAUGAGUCUCAACAUUAGAAAUUCCGCCACGGCAGAAGACAUGAUUUUGGAGGACCGAGAGAGUCCCACCUCGGAUUACAACACGUGUUUCGACGAGGGGGAGGCAUUGCAUCGGGGAAUUUCAGCGUCGACUACUUUUCCCACUACUAUCUUGGAGAGUGACGAAUUGGCAGCGGCAGAUGAAGAGUCCGUCUCCAAGGCCAUGUUCAACUGGGGGCGGCUGAUGUCGAUAAUUUUCCUGAAGAGUGUCGAUAACUUUCUCGAGUGGCUCUUCUCUCUGUCCAAAGACUACCGCUACGUGGCUUACAUACUGAAAAGUGAACGAAAGAGAACAAGAGAGAAAUCUGUGCUGCAUUCUUUGAGUGUUGGGCAGUCACCCCAGUCGCCGAUGGACACGCGAGAGAGCACAGCGUCCUCGGGACGACAGAAAUUGAUGGGCAACCACUUGAUAGUUCCCCAGUUGAGUAGUGCAGCCCAAUAUUCCGACUCCAUUCCUGUCUCAGUGUUUGACUCUCUCAACCUGUCAAAGGGUGCUACCAGUAGGAGGGGACUGUACAUGACUUUCAGAGCGAGCAACGAGCCUAUGCAAUCAGACACCGCGGAGGAGUUCUCCGAGUUUGACCUUGGGCGCAAUCUUCAGGGCGGAAGUAGGGUGAAGAAAUUGCUGUUUGCCUGCUACUAUGCCACUAUAGCACACAGUGAACUCAUCUGCUACUUCAUCAUGGUCCUCAACCAACUCAUGUCCGCAUCCAUCCUCGCAAUGCCUCUGCCUAUCAUGGUGUUCCUCUGGGCCAUGCUAUCUGUACCCAGACCAACCAAGAGGUUCUGGGUGUCAGCUAUCACUUACACAGAGCUGGUGGUGGUGAUCAAGUACCUGUUCCAGUUCCAGUUCUACUCUUGGAAUAGAGAGGAAGUGGCCCUGGCUAACCUGGAAGAUCCCUUCUGGUGGCCACGCAUUCUUGGCAUAGAGAAGAAACACAACUACGCCCAUUGUGACCUCGCCCUCCUUCUUGCACUCUUCUUCCACAGAUCAAUUCUCAAGAUGCACGGGCUAUGGCGGGACGAGAACAGUCCUCUAAAUUCCAAAACUGAAGCAUCAGAUCCAGCACAAAAACCACCAGCCGUGCUUCCUUCCAAAGUAUCCGGGCCAGCGGACCCGUCGCCCAGACAAAACUCUUCCAUAGAUGCUCGCAACUUCCCAAACCUACCCAAAUUCUCGCUUGCCAAUUUCCACUACGGUGGAUCAGCCCAAGGCGUGAACAGGUCAACAACGGGCACUGUCUUGGGUGAACUGGCACCGGGGUCUAGUUUGAUGCGGAAAAAAAGUCCACUGGACUUCAAUUUGAGGCGCAUCAGACAAUCACAUUCGCAGCCGGACUCAUUCCAGAGUGCGAUAGACCACUCGGAUGUGUCUCUGAAUGGCUCCUCCUCGUUCCAAACGGGAACUUGCUUCGACCACCCCAGUCUAGACGAGCUCUCCACCCCUCCUCCCCUACCACACCCUCUAUCUCUAGCUGUGCCUGUUUCAGCACAACUCAAUUCUACUACUACUACUCAACUUGCAACAGGUCCUACAGACACUGCGGGAAGUUGCGACGUGUUCCCUGCUGCAGAUGAAGAUGCAGAGGAGAGGGAUGAGCUGGCCAGUAUUAACAAUGUGGCCAAGAGUAGCAACCUCUUUCCAGUCCAUGACAGACCCAUAGUCCACGACAGACAUUCGCGGAGAGAGAGCUCCUCCUCAAACAUACGCGACGACCGACAUUCCCACGAAAACAUGGCAUUCUUCGAUUCUCCUGAGCAUUCACUCUCGGCUUCCGAAGCUAGAGCGAGCAGCAGUCGUGACCAAUCACCGCCACUUCCGGAAACGUCCAUCAACGAAAGCGACAGAUUGCGUAACAAUGAUGUAACCAACCCGCGUAUGUACUGUAUAGUGGGUGAAAAUGAGUUCUUCAGCGACGCUGACUCAGAUGUCAAUCUGAAGGAGCCUGGAAUGGACAUCACUCCCCCCGGGGAAUUGAGGGCACCGAAAAGGAGGAAAAUCAGUAUCGUCAGAAACAGAAUUGACAAUAUGGGAAUCCAACGUAAACUUGAGGCCACUCGACGGAGGUUGGAAGAUGUGUUCCGUCCUGUGUACAAGUUCUACACCCACUUGAUAGACCCCUCCAUGUCUGCCUCCAUAGACGUCUAUGCCCUCAUGUUCUUCUUCGACUUCAUCACUUACCUCAUCCUCAUCUUCAACUGGUGGGCAUUCAGUGAUAUUGGAACGAACCAAAACGUAACCAAGUACCUGGAAGAAGACCGGAUCCCGAGUAUGUUUCUAGCGAUGCUGCUAGUCCAGUUCCUCCUCACCCUCAUAGACAGAGCCAUCUACUUAAGGAAGUUUGUGCUGGGCAAGUUUGUGUUCCAGAUAGUCCAGGUCAUCGCCAUCAAUACCUGGAUGUUCUUCAUCAUUCCUAAAACAACCAAAAAGAAAUUCACUUCUAACUUGCCGGUGCAGAUGUGGUACUUUUUCCGGAGUAUUUACUUCGGGCUGGCGGCUGUCCAGAUCAGGUGUGGAUACCCCACCCGAAUCCUGGGAAACUUUCUCGCCAAGAGAUACUCCAUCAUCAACCUUGUCUUCUUCAAGAUCUUCCGAUCUCUGCCUUUUAUUCUGGAGCUGCGUGCUCUUAUGGACUGGAUGUGGACUGACUCCUCCCUCAUGCUGUUCCACUGGGUGCGUCUCGAGGACAUCUACGCCUCUGUCUUCUCCAUCAAGUGCAAUCGCAAGUUCUCCCAGGACUUCCCCUACAAACGAGGAGCCAAGAGAUCCAUCAUCAUCAAGUAUGGAGUGGGUGGGUUCCUGUUGACCACUCUCGUGCUCACCAUCUGGUUCCCCCUACUCUUCAUGUCCCUGGUGUACACUGCCUCCGAGAAAAACCCCCCUGUAGAAGCCACUGUCGAAAUCACAAUCGGCGCAUUCCAGCCCAUCUUCAUCGCUUCUACUCAGCAGAACUUAGUCCAGUACAGUACCAAGGAAUACGAGGACCUACAACGGGAGUACCAGUCGGAACCGAAAGCGCGCUCUUUCAUCAAAAAGUACGAACCAGAGGAUCUGGUGGAGGUGAACCUGAACGGAAAUUCAAUCCAGUUGUGGGGAGCAUCUCCUCCUAGUAGAGAGGAACUGGUCAAGACUCUGAGGAACGCCGACAAGGAUGUCCAGAUGCGAUUCGACUGGAACUUCGUCAGAAGGACGCAAGUGGGUGCGACGAAAGCAAGUGAGGCUUCGAGUGGAUUCAACUACAUCAAACUGAACACUUCAAUCAGAGUGGAGUUGGCCAAUCUACUGACAGGAGAAACCAAAGGACCAAAGCGACCAGUAAUAAUUCACAACCUGUUUCCGAAGUACAUCCAAGUACCUUCAGCCGGUCCAUCAGUUGCGAUCUCACACCUAGCCGACACAAAUUCCUCGGGAUUAGUUGCACCAGGUCUACCUAAAAACUCAUCCGGCGAAGAUGUGACGGGUACACAGCCCAGAGGAAAGUAUGUGACUGUCUCCGUUGACCUCAUGUCAAUUCAGACUGACUCCCCCCAAUUGGGGGGCAGUAAUUUGGGCAGGGAGAUGGGGAUGGAGUGGUGGGUUCUCAAGGAGGUCACUGGACUGAAAGAGACGGGGGAUGAGGGUGAGGGGGAUAGUAGUAGUAGAAGUGGGUUCCGAGAAAAAGGCGAUCUGACUGUGAUCACGUUCAACGAGAGGGUCUUCCCCCAGUCGGUGUCUUUCCUCGCCGGCUACGGCAUCAUCGGUCUCUAUCUCUCACUGGUUCUGGUCAUUGGCAAAUUUGUUCGCAUGUUUGUCUCCGGAAUAUCCUACAAAAUACCCUUCGACGAACUGCCAAAUGUAGACAAGGUGUUGAAGUUAUGUCUGGACAUCUAUUUAUGCAGAGAGGUCAAAGAGUUUUCCCUGGAAGAGGAUCUGUUUGCCAAACUCAUGUUCAUUUAUAGAUCACCAGAAAUGCUGAUCAAUUUCACAAAACUAAAGCUUGAUUGAGGAGAGAUCAAAAAAUGUUUUCUUUUUGUUAACCUUUCGUUUUAUCUAACACUACUGCUUUAAAAUUAUGGUAACAGGGUUUAUGAACCGCAGUUACUGCUCAAUUGCAGAAAAUUUAAAUUUCUAAAUUUUAAUUUCCUAGAUAAUAAAUCUCGUAUUCAA